UCGCUCCUCUCUCCAGCUGAUCGGCCCAGGAUUCCCCGGUGGCUCCGUCCGUCGCUGGCUCUGACGGCUCCGGCGUCUUUAGCGUCGAUUUAAACUGUUUAAAUUUCACGGAGUCAGUGGCCGCUCGUGUCGGCAAAUCGUUCCUCGUCUUGUGAAACUCGAAAGGAUAAUCCGGCCGGGGUUAUUUCUGCCUCUUGUACUUGUCAAAGCCACGGGAUCUAAACGCAAAUACGAGGCCCUCACUCCAUCCCCGGAUUCACCUGCUACGCGGAGAGCCUCACACGGAAGGACCGACAUGGGGGACACGGGGAGCGAGGGCAGCAAGCCUCCGAGUAACGUUAACGUUAUACCCCCGCGCUGCCCCUGUGGUUUCUGGGGGUCGAGCAAAACUAUGAAUCUCUGCUCAAAAUGUUUUGCAGACAUUCAGAAGAAACAACCAGACAAUGAUUGUGCCCCAAAGGCCUCAUCAAGCUCCAACGGCAGCCAAGCAGACGUGUUCUGUAAUGAAACAAACAGCAGCAUUAGUCAGUCACUGAUGUCGAUGCCUAACACAGAAGACCCUUCGCCAGGGGAGAUGGGAGCAUCAUCUCUACCUGCUAGGGACGAAGUAUCCAACACCGACGCAGUCUUCAGUUCACUCUCCACUCCCACAAAACGCUCAUUUGAGUCAGCCUCGGAGUCAGAAAGUGACAUUUCACCCGAGAAGCGAGCAAGAGUGGGUGAGGUGCCAGAGGGUGAGGAGUCUUCAUCAUCAUCGUCAUCUUUGUCCGCAUCAUCCCCAUCAUCAUCAUCCUCGUCUCGCAGCGGCUCUAAACAGCGGAGCCGCAAACGUUGCCAUCGCUGCCAAACCAAACUGGAGCUGGUACAGCAAGAGCUGGGUUCCUGUCGCUGUGGUUAUGUCUUCUGUAUGCUCCACCGACUUCCAGAGCAACAUGAGUGUCUGUUUGACCACCUGGGCCGUGGUCGCCAGGAGGCCGUCCUAAAGAUGGUCAAGCUCGACCGCAAGGUGGGCCGCUCAUGCCAGCGCAUUGGAGAAGAGUGCUCCUGAGCGGCUUUUCCUCCUCUCCAACGAAUCUCGGUGUUCAGACGGUGUCUUAGCAUUAACAGGGAUUAGAUUUUUUUUUUUUUUUUUUUCUCAUUUUGUUUUUCAAGAUUUUUGCAGGUUUUUUGGAUACAAACCUCGACCCCUUCUUUAAAAUUAUUCUCCCUCCUUUUUUUUUUUUUUAAAUCCCAUUGUUUCUCGUGUCCUGGUUGUUUUGUGCUUUUGUUGGCUUGAUCAUAUCCCUGCUGCUAAGAUGCCUUUUGGAAAAAUCCCAACCCAGGAAUGACAAUAAAGAGCAAAGGAAAUAUACAAUUUCUUCUUCUUUUGCAAGUUCCUGACUACACAAGUAUGAGCAAAGUAAGGAAGAAUGAAAAGAUGAAGAGAAGAAAUACGCUUUAUACAAAUGUUUGUCCCGCAAGCCAGUUUAAGACUAUACUCUUUACCUCAAAAAAAAAAAAAAAAAAAAGAAUGACAAGGAGGAGGGAGAGAAAGAGGAGAAAGGGAUGGUUACCCUAUGUGUACACAUCUGCUUUGGCGCUCUUUAAAGACUGUGCUCUUUACCUCAAAAUCAGACAGAGCUGCUUUGUGCUCUGCGCCGAGCAUGGACGUUCUGAAGCAAACCGAACUAGCCAGCCUCAGUUUAAGUCAGUGUCUUACCCCCCUGGCCGUCCACUACCCCUAAUCCUAAACUUUUAGCACCUGUUAAUCAUCCACCUCAGGUUAUCAGGAUAUCAAAGCCCAAUCUUAACCCCCUCUCCCAACAACUUGCGUCCUUCUCUUUUUCUCCACAGGACACCUUUUACUCCUUUUUAUUUUUGUUUUAAGAUUGUUCUGAAGGUGAUUCUGCUUUGGUGAGGAGGCCAUUGUGGACGAUGAAACUGGGGUGAUACUGUAAGUCCACCAUUACGCUGGUGGGAGUGAGCUGGUUGUCCUUGGAUUGCACACAGAUCUGUCUUCAACGUUGGAAUGUGAUUGAUCAAGACUUAAUUCGUUUGUGGAUUUUCUCCGUCUUCCUCUUCUGGUCUCAGUCUUUAUCUCCUUAUUCUCCACAGCCCUCCCACGUGAGACAUGUCCUUAUCACACCCGUAAGUCUUUUUUUUCAGCGACACAUGGAUUAUGUGUACUGGAUGUGUACAAAUAGAAGACACCAUUUACAUGACGGGACAUGAUGUACAUUAAAGUGUGCAUCCAAUUUAUGACUGGACCUGAAAUAUCUGCAUUGUACACAUCCACACAUUACUAUGCUUUUGCAAAUACACACUUUUCUGUUGUUUUAUGUGCUCAGCUGUUGUUCACAUUGAGCACAAGCAGGAAAAAUCAAGCUUUGCUGUACACAUUGAGUUUGGACUGAGGCUGAGAUGGCAGCACGUUACUCAGAGGUUCCUGUUUUAAGAUGUGAGGUGAUGGUUGUUAAAGUUCAGGUUUUUCAUAAUGACUUAGGCCUUCAUUUCAAUUUUUUCACAUUUUUAAGGUGAUAUUUGGCUCCAGGUUCGAUACAAGUCUUCAUAUUGUUUGGGUUUCACUUCGUUUACCAGUACUUUAAUGUCCUUCCUUCCUUCAAAGCCCCAUGGUGAACUUACAUGUAUUCUCCUCCCCCUGCCUUUCCCUUUCCUUUCCUUUUCUUGUCUUUCUCUUGUUGAUUGCUCUCUUUCCUUUCCUUAUUUCACCCCCCUUCUUGCUGUAGAUGAGUACGGCUGGGGUGAGCAGAGUGCUAAAAUUUUAAAUCAGCAAAUAAUUACUUUGGUUUUCCUGGUGGACUGUGGAAGGAAUGAACAGAAACUGCAUAAUGAAUGAAUAUUCUGUAUCUUAAAGAAAAUCUUAUUUAACCCCUUUUUGCGUUUCACUUACACUUUAGUGUAGAGCUGCUUUAUUUUUAUUUUUUUUUGGUUGUAAUAUGGUUAUUAAAUGGGAUGAUGGAUGUGGAAAAUUUGA